GACGACAGAGACGAGACGAGACGAGUCACGGCCGCUUAUGUUGAUUAAGAUACUGAAAUACUGACUGUAUGUAAUUCAAAUUCACGAAGUGUUGCAGUAUUCAGUAUUGCAGUCGUAGCACAGUGCUACUUGUUCCUCUUAUGUUGACGAUCAGAGAACAUCAGAAUUAGAAAAAUGUCAGAUCUACACAAGUUUCAACCCAAUUUUAUGAUUGGCUGUGCAUCAGCGUCUUAUCAAGUGGAAGGUGGAUGGAACGCUGAUGACAAAGGAGAAAAUAUUUGGGACUACAUGACGCACACUCAACCAGACAGUGUUAAAAACAAGGAUAAUGGCGACAUCGCGUGUGACUCGUACCAUAAAUAUAAGGAGGAUGUUCAACUCAUCAAAGACAUAGGGUUUGCUCACUACAGGUUUUCUAUUUCCUGGAGUAGAGUUUUGCCCACCGGUCAUGACAACGUUGUCAGUAAAGCUGGACUUGCCUACUAUCACAACCUCAUCGAUGAACUCAAGUCGAAUGAGAUUGAACCUAUGGUUACUCUCUACCAUUGGGAUUUGCCUCAAUCAUUACAAGAGCUGGGUGGUUGGACCAACCCCCUAAUGGCAGACUACUUUGAGGCUUAUGCAAGGGUUAUGUUCAAGGAAUUCGGAGACAAGGUGAAGUGGUGGAUCACGAUUAACGAACCGCUUGAAGUGAUAAAAGGUUACGGACGAGCGUUGUACGCUCCUAUGUUGAAUCAACACGGAGUCGCUGACUACCUUGCGGCUCACACGCUGUUGAGAGCUCAUGCCAAGGCUUACCAUGUCUACAACUCUACCUUCAGAGCUCAGCAGAGAGGAAGAAUUGGAAUCACUCUAAAUGCACGCUUUGUUAAACCACUGAGCAAUACUAAAGAAGAUGAACUGGCUGCUGUUAGAUCCAUGGAGUUUGAGAAUGGGAUCUUUGCUCAUCCGAUAUUCUCCACUGAAGGUGAUUACCCCAAGAUACUGAGAGAGAGGGUAGACUACAACAGCAAGAGAGAGGGAAGAUCAUCAUCAAGACUACCUGUCUUUACCAAAGAAGAAGUACAACAACUAAAAGGAAGUUCGGACUUCUUCGGUCUGAACCACUACACCUCAAGACUUGCGACAUCGGGUUUGAUUGAUCUUGACCCUUCAAUGUUGAGAGACUCAGGCGCUUUAGAUAGUUUUGACCCUUCGUGGAAAACGGGAAAGUCUCCUUGGCUCAAGGUGGUUCCUUGGGGAUUGAGAGGUAUCCUGAACCGAAUCCGAACAGAAUACAACAAUCCUCCAGUGUUCAUCACUGAGAACGGAUACAGCUCAGACUCUAGUCUUGAGGAUACUGAGAGGAUCCAGUACUAUCAUGACUACCUUGAAGAAAUGUUGAAGGCCAUUUACGAAGACAAUUGUCAUGUACUAGGGUACACUGCAUGGAGUAUACUGGAUAACUUUGAGUGGCUUGCUGGUUAUACGGAAAGAUUUGGGCUCUGUUAUGUGGAUUUUGAUGAUCCUAAACGGCCGAGAAAAAAGAAGCAGUCGGCAGAGUACUUUAAGAAAAUGAUAGCAACAAGGGAAUUACCUGAUGUUUAAGUGCCACAAAAUGGCUUUAGUUAUGUUCCUAUAUUACUAUUAUAAUAAUCUCUAUAAUACAGGGUGGUGAGGUACAUUUUGUCAAACAACAUACAUAAUAUUUCUAAGGAAAAUGUAUUAAGCUCAAACUUGGAUCGUAAGACCAAAUGAAAGUUGAUAUUAAUAUUUUAUAAAAAAAUACCCUUCUCGUAGACAAGAAUGUCCUUUUUGUUUUGUUUGACAAAAUGUAGGUAGGAUUAGGUUAUUCCUGUUCAUCACUUAAUAUUUUCAAUUUACAAUAAAUGUGCCUUAAUUGCUUGAAACUUGCACAAUACACGUCCAUUGUUUGAUUUCUUUACUAUCACUACGAUUUAGUGUUGUUUAUUUUAGCACAAUAAAAUCGGGAGCUUCAAAACUGGACCUAGCUGUCCUUGAUCUUUUGGUCUAAAAAAACGGUCCUAGCCAGUGCUCGAUUUGUAAAAAGUGAGGUGCCAAAGUGAGGUGCUGGAACUGUACAGGUCGGCCAAAGUUUCUGUGCGCGCGACCAGAUCUGGUUGAGUCUAGGCGAGGUGGUUGGCGGGGGUACUUUUGUGAAAACAUUUGUGUCUUGCUACCCACUCACCACUACCACCACUACCCCCAGCACUGCCAAUAGCCGGUGCCCGAAUGUUUUAGUUCGGCUAGUAGCAACCCGUCCACGCGCACAGAAGUUUUGGCCGAGCUGUAACCUACUGGGAAUUAUGACCUCUCCUCAAAAAAUUGUUGAGAGGUACCAGAACGCCGUUCAGUUGUGUUCCGCCCCAAAUAGAGCACUUGCCUUAGUCAUAUAACCAGCUGAUCUUGUAACGGGCCACAUAAGGCAUCUUACUUCAUUCUACACUCGUUUUCAUUUCAUAUUGAAGUUAAAGAAAUUGCAACCCCACAUUGAGAGUUACGAGUUAUCAAUGGGGCUGAUAUGAUGAAUUUAUAUACUUAACCUUAUGUAUUUUAAUUUUCUUCUUAUUUUGCUUUUGGUUUGUGAUCAAAUGUUGUUUAAGUAAAGGUUAUUUUUGAAAACACAUACCAUAUAUAUUUUUAAAAUAUACUAUAUUUAUAUAUAAUUUUUACAAUCCUAUUACUGUGAGGGUAAAAUAAAUAUUGUAUUUGUUUUUAUAAUAUUCUUUAUAAGCCUUAAAAUCGAAAUAUGAGUUAUAUUAAAUGUUGGAUUUUAAUAUUAAAGACUAGUUAUUGAAGAAAAUGAUGAUUACAUAUAAGUAGAGAAUACCUAUUUGGUGUUCCUUUUAGAACUUUUUAUUUAUAAUCUUUGUUUUACUUUUUAAGUAAAAAUACCCCCGCCGCAGCAAACCUGCAGACUUAGCGAAUUUCCAUUUGCCUGAUUGGAUUUAAACUCAAAUGUCUCCUUAAAAAUAUCACAUUUAUUCCCUAUUUAAACAGAAUUAGUUUAAUGAGUACUUAGGUUUGCUGCAACAGGGAGUUUUUUUUUAUGUAUAAUAUUAAAAGGUACUGUGGUUUAGUAAGAAAUUUAUGUAUUUUCCAACUUUUAUCAAAAUAUGUUCAUAAACAAGCAAACUACAACAGUUGACUUAUUGUCCAUAAGAAUAACAUGGGAAUUUUAAAAUUACAAUUUUUUUGAAUUUUCUCCGUAACAAUUAGGCGCAUAAUAAUGCUUCAAUAUACUAAAUUAUUUGUUUUUUUAAGUUCUACAAAAUGGUUUAAAAAGAAAUUGUGAAAUUUUGUGUUUUUAGGGUCAAAAAUGGGAAAAACCUAUUUUUACCCCAUAAAACCCCCCAUAAACCCCCGUUCCCAUAGUCCGAUCAUGCUGGUUCGCGAACUCAUUCAAGUUUAUCCCGCCUUACACCUUCCAACCAAAUUUUAUCAAAAUCGAACAAUAAUUACUCCAGUUAUCGUGCGGAUGGACACAUAUAUAUAUAUAUAUAUCUCUCUAUAUAUAGAUAUAUAAAAAUUUGAACGAAUGGUGUUCUUGGCCUCUGGGGACAUCAAAAUGAAAAAGUAAAUCGGUCCCGGGCUUAGGUCUUACCAUGAGACCUACGGUAAUAGCUACUUCCCUAUAGGGAAAUUCGAUAAAAAAAAAAAAAACUAAGUCUAACAAAUUUGUGAAGUGGGCGGUAUACAACUUUGUUAAAUUAAAUAUCUCAGUUGAAAAUUUUGACUUUUUAUAAAAAGUAAAACCACUUUUGAAUAUGAAACUUUGACUUUAAUUCUGUAAUUCCAGCAUUUUCAUUAUGAAGAUUAAAAUCAAAUUCCUAACAAGUCCGUGAGAUUUCUAUACCCCACCACAGAAAAAAUGUCCAGCUUUUAAGAUUUUUGUUAUAAGCCAGACAGGUGUUUAAUCUUAAAGUUAAAGUAUUUUUAAAACUUUCAAUGCAGGGUAUGUUAAAUGUCAACAAUUGUAAUUUAAGCUGUCAUUCUUGUUAUGCAAUAAAUAUGUGAUAAAUUGA